AAUAAUAUCCUAAAAUGUCUCACCCUGUACUCAAUUAAACUCCAUUAGUGGAAUGAACAGGAAAGCAUUGCAGAGAAAUUCUGUAAAUCGAAAAAUCCAGCAGGAAUACAUUCACACGCCAUCUGAACGCAACGGGUAUAACCAAAUAGGGGUAGUUGUAUCCCGCAGCUCUAAAGGGAUGGCAAUAUAAUCAGCUGUUUUUUGUUUUCCCAAUUUUCAUCAAUAUCUAUUAAGAUCUUGUACAAUUUAAUAGUGAUUAAACGAUGCUCUAGUGCUCCAAGUGCUAUUGGUGCUUUUCAAUUUCAUUGAUUUUGCCCGAGAUAUUUAUAAUUUUUUUCGCUAAAUAUGAAUGUGUCCUCUCUGGGAUUUUGGGACUUGGAGCCCCCAUUAUCCGAUAUUGCCCAAGUAUUUGAAAGCAAGUCAAAGCUUUGCUUGCAAUCGGCCUUGUGCCUCAUCAACCACAAAGACGAUCCUGCAAUCUUUACAAACAGGGAACCAUCCUGCACAAUCCCCGGCUGUGAAUGUGCCGAGUCGGAUAAUGCAGCUUUCAAUCGCAAUGAGCAACUCUUAAAACUUGUGCACAAUAAUGAUGCGACAAUUGAAGAGGAAUACGAAUCGCCAAAGAGUGUUCUUCCUUCUCAGGUUCUCAUCAAAGAUCCAGCAAGGUUUAAAAUAGAAGAGCGGCCGUAUAAAUGUGUUUGGCCCGAGUGCAGUAAAACAUUUCUUUUGAAACACCAUCUAACAACCCAUGAAAAAACGCAUACAGGAGAAAGGCCCCAUGUUUGUGUGCAUUGUGGAAAAAGCUUUACUCACAAGUAUUGUUUGAAUACACAUUUGCUUUUACAUACCAAUGAGAGGCCUCAUCAGUGCUCUGAGUGUAACAAGAGGUUUACAUUGAAGCAUCAUUUAAUGAGUCACAUUAAUGUUCAUAAAAGAGAAAAACCAUUUAUAUGUGGAGAUUGUGGCAAAAGCUUUCCAUUGAAAAAGCAAUUAAUUACCCAUGAAAAAUUUCAUAAAGGCGAAAGGCCCUUUGUGUGCAAGGAAUGCGGCGAUACUUUCGCACAGGAAAAUCAUCUAGUAAUGCAUUUGCGAUUUCAUGGAUCGUUAACGUCUUUUGUAUGUGGACAGUGCGGUGCUACUUUUACAAGAAAAUUUGAACUGGACAAUCAUGAACGACUUCAUGGAAAAGAACCGUUGAUUUGUUCCAUCUGCAAUAAGGAAUUUUUGCAAAAACGAACAUUGAUGACCCACAUGAAGCUUCAUGAAAAUAAAACAUCAUGCCGAUACUGCGGCGAUCCAUUUCCCAUUGAUAAAUCGGCAGGCCCUCAAACAAUCCUGCAUUUUUGCAAAGUGAAUAAGCACAGUGGUGCUAAAAAGGCGACUUCCGAUAAGGCAAAGAUGCCGCCUAAACUCAAUAAAAAUAAAAAGUUCUUUUGUGAUAUUUGCUUUCGAAAGUUCGGUGCCAAACAUGGACUCACCCAACACAAGAAACGCCAACAUAACAUUGGGGGCAAUUUGUUUUCGUGCCAUAUUUGUAAUAAGAGUUUUCGAGAGAAAAUUGACUUAGUUACACAUAAGCACUGUUUUUAGUCUUAAGCAGUUCAACUUUACAUAUUAGUUUAAAUAAAUUUCCAAAUGUUCUUCUUAAAAUACCGUAUUUGUGGACAGUGAUUCUACGACUGUAAAUAUCAUAUCUAAUCAUUCCCUAGUGAGAUCCUAGUAGCUUUAAUUCUAACUAUGAAAAUACAUGACAAUCUACGACGAAGUGGGUUUUUCAGCCAAUUUUCAUAUAUUUUUGCCCUCUUUUUGCGUUAUAAUCUCGGUAAAUAAUGAUUUUAAUUUAGUAAUAUUAAAUGUAUGCCUCUUACAUAAAUUAUUUUUACUAAGUGAAAAUGGAGAAAAUGCGGAAGGCGGGCAAAGAACAAAGCCUGCUUUAAGUAAAUGGUAAAUGGAUUUUCAUCCACUUUAGUAUCACUAUGUACACACCUUUCCUCUUUUAUCUACACUAUUGUUUUUCUCAACUUUUCUAAUAAGUCUUCUAUGAGCAAAUAUAUUUUUAAAAUGGUUAAAGCACUUAAUAGAUAAUCAAUUUUAACCUGUUUUUUAGUCUGUAUUUUUUACCUAGUACCAUUUAGUUACUUUUGUUUCAUUUUUUUUUUCGGACGAAACUAUUUUAAGUAAUAAAACGUUUUAAAUGUUAAAAUAAAUACUAUUUUAUGCUUUGUCUUUUUUGAAAAUUUUAAUUUUUUGUUUAGUAUUAGGUUAGCCUUUUUAUGUAUUUUAAUUGACUUUCGACAUAUUUGAACUUGAAACUUAAUAAUAAUGAGGGCUUGUUAUUUGUGGUUAUUUGUGUUAUUAGGUUAUUUUUAAAUUAUGUUAUUCUAUAAGCUUUCAAUAUAUUAAAUUCUGAAAGAAUUGGAUUUGUUUUACAAGUUUUACUUUGAGGGUGAUGAUUAAUUCAUACGAUCCUAAACAUCGCUCUCAGGAAAAGUAGGAAAUUCAAAUUCAAACAGUGUUUUAAAUCUGAUUUAAAAUAAUCAGUGAGGGUUUUAAAAAACCUGAAAAAAAUUAAGUUUUCUCUUGCCCAUCUUGUAGAUUCCGGCUUCUUGAGUCAUAAACAUACUUUUAUUUCCAACAAAUUAAAUUUCAUAGCAUUAAGGUAUAUUUUAGUGUUAUUGUAGGCAUUUGCCAUUCUCUAUAAUUCUAAUGUGAUCUAAUACUAAUAGUGACUGCUAAUAAACAUUUGUUGCAAAGUUAA